CUCAGACGACAAGAAAGAUAGUUAUGCAUGCGCUCAAUUUGCGAUUUGGUUAUCCCAUCCGCACUACUAAUUAUGUAAGCUAUGCUGUUCGUCAUAGGUUUACCUCAGAAGAAGACAAUUGGGGUUUCUCUCGUCUCGUCAACUUUGAUCGUAUAUAUCAGCGUGAUGAUGAAACGAACGUGCUCCGUUACUAACACAGGG